ACAGCAGUAUUUCCUGCCUCUUGUGGUUUUCCAUCACUCCCAGGUGCUUGAUAAAUAUUGUUAAAUGAAUAGAUGAUUGAAAGAGUACAUCUGAAGGAAGAGAAGAAGGAACUUCUUUCUGAAGGCAGGCGGCUAACCUGGCAGAUUUCGUAUGGGUGCUGCUGUCAGGAGAAUGAAGCUCUGAUAUUGCUAUGUGGCAAGUGGACUCGUGCAAUCACAAGGGAUCCAGAAUUAUGUAAACAGUGUGUGGGGGUGGAAGUGAUCAUGCUCAAAAGGGACAUAAAGACAGAAAGUGACAGGCCACGGAAAGUCCGGUUUCGGAUCGCGUCAUCUCACAGCGGGCGGGUGCUGAAGGAGGUGUAUGAAGACGGGCAGCCUUCGGGCUCUCUGGAUUCCGAAUGUGCCAGCAUCUGCGGGAUAGAUGGACUGAGUGAGUCUGAUGGACAGCAAAAUGGCCACAUGGGAUCGGAAAGCGAUGAGUGUGAGGACGACCAGGAUAGCUUAUUGGCGUUAGCAAGAGCUGCCAGUGAGAAGGGUUUUGGAACAAGAAGAGUCAACAUUUUAAGCAAAAAUGGCACAGUCAGAGGCGUCAAAUACAAAGUGAGUGCCGGCCAAGCUCUAUUUAACAAUUUGGCCAAAGUACUUCAGCAACCAUCAAUUGACCUAGAAUUUGACCGCGUAGUGAUUUAUACCACUUGCCUUCGUGUGGUACGGACAACCUUUGAAAGAUGCGAACUGGUUAGAAAGAUCUUCCAAAACCAUCGAGUAAAAUUUGAAGAGAAAAACAUAGCUCUGAAUGGUGACUAUGGAAAAGAGUUAGAUGAGCGAUGCCGACGUGUUUCAGAAGCCCCUUCCCUCCCUGUCGUGUUCAUUGAUGGCCAUUAUCUUGGGGGUGCUGAGAAAAUUUUGUCAAUGAAUGAAUCAGGAGAACUGCAAGACCUCUUAACCAAAAUUGAGAGAGUACAGCAUCCACAUGAAUGCCCCUCCUGUGGAGGCUUUGGCUUUCUUCCGUGCUCCGUCUGCCACGGGAGCAAGAUGUCAGUGUUUCGAAACUGCUUUACAGACUCUUUCAAAGCUCUGAAGUGUACUGUCUGCAACGAGAAUGGUCUUCAGCGCUGUAAGAGCUGUGUUGGUUAGGUGGACCUCCCACCGGGGGAGCACCUCGAUUUAUUAACCAAAGUCAGUUGUAUGGUUUAUA